UUUUAGUAAAAUUCUGUUAAAAAGAUGAAAAGAGACUACGAUUACCUUUUCAAAAUUGUAAUUAUUGGAGAUUCCAAUGUUGGAAAGUCUUGACUGCUCAUCAGGUUUGCAGAUGACUGAUUUACCGAAAAUUAUAUCACGACUAUUGGAGUCGACUUCAGGUUUAGAACCCUCAGAGUGGAACAAAAGAACGUUAAAUUGCAAAUCUGGGAUACUGCAGGCCAAGAGAGGUACAGAACCAUCACCAAUGCUUACUACAGAGGCUCUGACGCAAUUAUUCUUGUGGCAGACUGCAGCAACAAGCAGUCGUUCGAAAACAUUCCGGAGUGGCUCGAAGAAGUUUCGAAAUACACCGAAGACGACAUCAGGAAAAUUCUAUUAAUCAACAAAGCCGACCUCGACGACGACUUGAAGCAGGUCACCGACUCGGACAUCGAGAAGAUGGCCAAAGAGCACGACCUGGAAAUUCUGGAUGUCAGCGCCAAAACAGGCAAAAACGUGGACGAGUCGUUCUUGAGAGUCACGAAGUCACUUAUGGAGAAGAGGGAUAAGGAGGAAGAGGCUGGCACUUUUAAAAAGGUUGGUCCAAAAGGAAGAAAUAAGUUGUAUGCCCAAAAGAAGACAAAGCAGGAGGGUUGUUGUUAA